AAUAUACAAAAACAAAAGAAGAACCCAUUACAUUACUGGAGUUUAGUUCAUUUUGCAAUCCAUUUAGGGCGCGGACUCCAUUGUUCACAGCUCAACAGUAUAGCACUGCUCACAAGUAUCGGGGAAAAUGAGGAGGGAAAGAGGUGAAUUGAUUUACAAGAUUUACAGAGCCCUAACUUAUGGCCUAUCGCCGCUGAUUCACCUUCACCUGCGGUGGCGCAAAUUCCGCGGCCUCGAACAUCCUCUCCGCUGGCGCGAGCGUCUCGGAUUCCCCUCUUUCCCUCGUCCCCCUGGCCCUCUCCUCUGGUUCCACGCUGUCUCUCUCGGUGAAGGAAUGUGUGCAAUUCCAGUGAUUAAAUGCUGCAUAGAGAGGAGGCCUGAUGUAACUGUCUUAAUGACGACUACCACCACAUCAGCAUUUGAGGUGAUAAAGCACCAGCUUCCAAAUAAUGUCAUUUAUCAGUUUUCUCCCAUUGACACUCCUGGUGCCAUUGAUGCUUUCCUUUGUCAUUGGAACCCAAAUGCAAUCAUUUUAAUUGAAAGUGAGCUCUGGCCAAACCUCAUUAUAGGUGCCGCAAAGAAAAGGAUUGCACUUGCAUUGCUUAAUGCUCGAAUGUCUGCAAAAUCUUAUGACAGUUGGUCUCAACCAUUUAUUAUUCCUCUGACAUCAUUGAUGCUCUCUAAAUUCUUGUUGAUUCUUCCACUGAGCACUACACAGGCAAUUCGUUUUCAACUGCUGCAGUGUCCACCAUUCAUCAUAAAUUUUUGUGGCGACCUAAAGUAUGCUGUAGGAAACAUUGAGACUGCUGAAGGGGAUCAGAGAGCUCUGGAAGAGUUGCAGGUACAGCUUAUGAACAGAAAGGUUUGGAUGGCAUCUUCCAUUCAUAAGGGUGAAGAAAAAGUCAUGUUGGAUGUACACAAAGAACUAAAGCAAAUACAUCUGGAUAUCAUUACCAUCAUUGUGCCUCGGCAUCCUCAGCAUGGAGAACUAAUUGCUUUGGAAUUGGAGAAUGAGGGAGUAAGGGUGGCAUUAAGGUCUCGUCAUGAUAAGCUCCUGCCAGGAACAAACAUAUAUGUGGUUGAUACAUUAGGUGAAUUGAAAAAGUUCUACAGACUAACACCAAUAGCCGUGAUUGGAGGUUCAUUUCUACCUGGUUCAGCUGGUCAUAAUAUUUCAGAAGCCGCUGCAGCAGGCUGUGCUGUUUUGACUGGUCCUUAUAUUGGUCAUUUCUCUUAUAUGGCAAUACAGAUGCAACGAUUGAAUCCUUUAUCAGUAUUACAGGUCUGGAAGCUUACUGUGAAUUGUGAUCUAUAAAAUUCAGUCGAUUUAUGUUCCUUUUUUCUUUUAGAAGUAUAACUCAGUUGAUUUGCAAUAGAGUUCUACAGGACUGUAUUCAUGGUGUAUUUUACAUGCUUUGCAUUGGAAGGGAAGGAUGGCAGGAAUAUUUUAAGAAGGGGGUGGUUGAAAUGGUUCAAGACCUAUGUAGUCAAACUUCAAGGUCAACAUUUGUAGGCUUCCUGUCAAACACUAAAUUGGAGAAAGUGGCUUGACCAACCUGAUAGGGAGAAAAGGAAGAGUCAACACAGUAUAUACCCAUUAAUGAGAAGUGGGAAAGAGCAUGGUUGCAGAAAUCCUAUUUAUACUUAUAAAAAAAAAUCCGUAUCUAUGAAUAUGGGAAUGCAAGAAUUCAAUUAUUUAAUAAUAGAAAAUGAAUUAAGAAAUUUAAACUAGCAAGACUUCUUAUAAUUAACAACCUUUAAGUCAAUAGCCUCCUUUGAUUGACAAAAGCUUCAAGGAUCUAGGUUUAUUGUCUUUUGCUGAAAUUCUGAAUUUAUUACAUAGUACAGUACAUUGAAGUGAAGUACUCCAUAUGAAUUUUGUGAGAUAUGUAAAUAUAUAGUGUAGCUUUUUAUUUGCAACAGCAAAAUAUUUACUAAAAAGAGAAUCCAAC